ACUUUUUGGAAUUGAAGGUCACCGUGGAGUUUCAAGUCACCGGAGUCGGUCUGCAAGUUCGGGACCAGAUUCUUGCUUUCAGUUACUGGAUAAAGACUAGAAGCAAGAGAUAAGAAAUUACCAGUUUCCUACGCUCGUACUAUCAAUAUUAAGCAUUGGACUAGAGUUAGACCAACAAUUAUGUCCAAACGUCUGACAUAUCAAGCCUCACAUGUAACUCAUGAUCAACGUGUUUCAUUCUGUAGAAAAAGUUGGUUUCGUGGUUGUACAGUUUGGUUUACUGGUCUCAGUGGAGCUGGUAAAACCACACUGGCAUUCGCUUUAGAAAAAUAUUUAGUCAAUCAAGGCAUAUCAGCCUAUGUGUUAGAUGGUGAUAAUAUUCGUACUGGUUUGAAUAAAAACUUGGGAUUCAGUGAUGAAGAUCGUGUGGAAAAUAUUCGGCGAAUUAGUGAGGUGGCCAAAUUAUUCGCCGAUGCCAAUAACAUUUGUUUGACCAGUUUCAUCAGUCCAUUUGCAAGCGAUCGAAAUUCCGCUCGUACACUACAUGCACAAUACAAAUUGCCAUUUUUCGAAGUUUACCUAGCAACUCCAUUGGAAGUAUGCGAAAAACGUGAUGCGAAAGGACUUUAUAAACUAGCUCGAGCUGGUGAAAUCAAAAAUUUCACUGGUGUAUCUGCAGUCUAUGAAAAUCCAACUAAUCCUGAUUUAAUACUAAACACUGACACGUACUCAGUUCAGGAGUGCGUAUCAAAAUGUGUUGAAAUGCUGACCGAAGCUGAAAUAAUACCUAAUUACAGUGAAGUGAAUCCAUUCGGUGGUCCAAUGCCUAAAGAGUUGUUUGUGAAUAAUGCUGAUGAAGUCAAGAAACUGAGAGAUGAAUGUCGUAGCCUGCCUCAAAUCGAUAUCACAGAAUUAGAUUUACAAUGGAUACAGACGCUAGCUGAAGGUUGGGCUACCCCAUUGAAGGGUUUCAUGCGUGAAGAUGAAUACUUACAAGUUCUUUAUUUUGGUCAAUUACAGAAGACAGAAGGUCUAGUUGUUGCAAACUUUUCAAUUCCAAUAGUGUUUGCUUUAUCCACUGAGAAUAAAGAGAAAUGUCAUGGAAAUGGUUCAUCGAUUGCUUUGGUGUAUAAGCAGAAUAUAGUGGCAGUAUUACAAGAUUGCGAAUUUUUCCCACAUCGCAAAGAAGAACGUUGCUCUCAUAUAUUUGGAACUAAUCAUUCAAAUCAUCCAAGCAUCAAAAUGAUUCAUUCUUCUGGUGAUUGGUUAGUUGGUGGUGAUUUAAAGGUGUUUGAACGGAUUAAAUGGAAUGAUGGCCUUGAUCAGUAUCGUUUAACACCGUGUGAACUACACUCGAAAUUAGUAGAAAUGAAAGCUGAUUGUGUCUUCGCUUUUCAAUUAAGAAAUCCUGUACACAAUGGUCAUGCUUUAUUAAUGACUGAAACUAGACAACAACUAUUACAAAAGCAUGGUUAUCGUAAUCCAGUGUUGUUGCUUCAUCCACUUGGAGGUUGGACAAAAUCAGAUGAUGUUCCAUUGAAUGUACGCAUAGCCCAGCAUGAAGCUUGCUUAAAUGAAGGUGUUCUUGAUCGUGAUACCACUUUGUUGGCGAUAUUCCCUUCUCCAAUGUUAUAUGCUGGACCACGUGAAGUUCAAUGGCAUGCUCGUACUCGUAUGUUAGCCGGUGCACAGUUUUAUAUAGUUGGACGAGAUCCAGCUGGUUUACCUCACCCUGAUGGAUCAGGUAUUGAUUUGUAUGAUCCAACACAUGGUGCCAAAGUAUUGUCAAUGGCUCCUGGUUUAUCUGGUCUGAAGAUUAUCCCUUUCCGUGUUGCAGCCUAUGAUAAAACACUUGGUAGGAUGACAUUCUUCGAUGCUGAACGUGCUUUUGAUUUCAUUUUCAUCUCUGGUACUAAAAUGCGAACAUUAGCUCGUGAUGGAGUUGAUCCACCGGUGGGAUUUAUGGCUGAUAGUGCAUGGAAGGUACUAGCCAAUUAUUAUCAACAACUGAAACAGUAAUGCAUUGAUGAUAACACAUCUUGCGUUGUGUCAUGUAUCGAUGUGAGUGGACGACUCACCCUAAUUAUCAUUUCAAUUGUUCCUUUCUUUAUAUGUGAAUAAUUUACGGCUGUUUGUUCUCAUAGUAUCAUUACUAUUCUUAUUUCCACAUUAAUAUUCCUUUUUUGAUAACUUAUGCCUUUGUUUCCCGAUUGUGCAAUGGAAAGGAAGCUGAUUGAAAUGUUUAUUUUUCUUCAGUUCUUGCUCUUAUUUUAAUUCUCUCCCUCCUCCAUAUACUCCUAAUUUCUUCUUCUUAGUUGGCCAAAUGGCACAUACUUUCGCAUGUAACAUUUGGAUAAAGUGUGUGAUGAAAAUGAAUGAAUCAGCAUUCAUAGCAGGGAUAUUAACGGCGAUGGUGUCUUGAAUUAUUUCCAUUGUGUAACUAACUUUGGUAAUCUUGAAGGAUUUGUGGCUAUCCUCGUGAUUGUGAAACUGUUCACACACACAUCAUUGAUCUCCCAGCCGAUGUAAUGUGCCUAAAAGCUUCUCUAUGUGAUAUAUUUCUUCAUUUCUUUGUCUGUGAGUUAUGUUAACUUUCAUCUAGUCUUUAUUUAUUUAAUUAACGUGAUGGUAUUUCUUCUUUCUUCACAGCUUGCAGGUAGGCGGCCGGUGAAUAAGCAGAGAGUUGUUUUCAAUGCAUACUCUUAUUCUUAUUACUAUUACUAUGCUCAUUUCUGUGCGUUAUACAAAUGGUGAUAUUUUUAUAUACUGACGUUUUGUAAUGUUUUCCACAACAUUCCUCACUGCUAUUUUUAUCAUGCUUUUAUUAUUUUUGGGAUUCUUAUCACGUCAACAUCGUGCAUUGUUUCAAAAUAAAGCUUACUGAAAGCAGAAAUCAAACAAAUUCUAUGUAGCAAUUCAAAUGCCAGUCGGUAGAACGAUAUGCGUCAAGGUGUAUGUACUAGGCUCAUAGUUCCUUGCACUUGAAGCCAACUAUUUUCUGACGUAGUUAGUCAUUAUUGAUUGGAGUGAUCCUAUUCAGUCGUAGAUUUGUCCACUUUUGGUUGGUAAUGCCCAGUGUGAAUGUGACAUGUGGAGGACACUGUGUUGACAGGAAAGGCAUAACAAUACCGACGGGUUUCGUUAAACCUUACAAUAAACCUUAAGUGAUCAAAUCGAAAAUUCAUGUAUGUAAAACAGAGUUUAUUGAAUGAAACUGUUGAUAAUGCUGUUAAACCAUACAUUUCAGCGAAGAUUAUGGAUUGCUGUUGGUAGGAGAACAGUGCACAAAUCCGGCGGCAUUUAGAUCAAGCUGAGGCUAUAAAGUAUAUGACUGAGUAAGGCCGGAACUAUCUUUCAGUUAGCAAUGGGUUUUCACAAAAUCAACCUUGAUGAUGUGUACACACUAUAUAAAUGCCAAUUAAAAAGUCAUCCACGUCAUAGAACACGAAUUAUGACAGUCAGAUGGAAUUAAACGAUUGUCGCGUUUGACCAUCAUCUGUUAGUGCAUAGACACCACUCUUCAGAUCAAUUAUCAGAAGCUGUCUGGAACAAUUACGCUGUAUUUUCCAAUCUGAACUUUACGAAUUAGGCAAUUAGAAAGAUCUUGGUUGUAUUAUGUUCUCUGAGCUGGGUUGUUUAAUCGUGAAGCUUUCAUCGUCUUGUUAGACGACAUCAUCAGCACUAACUUCAAUAUGAUGUCUGUUUGCAGGUGCUUGGUCUUUUGUGUUUAUAACUGUUUUACGUGUCACACAGCUGAUGAUUAACUCACUCCUCACUGCCACUAAUGGACGACUGAAACCACUGUCUGGUAAUUAAAUAUCUCUAAUCUUUGGAGGUAAUUCUGUUGAUACCAUCUUGUAAUUUCUAACUACUCAUUUCUUUCAGUAGUAUGUGUUGUCAUUAUAUUAUUGAGAGUGGAAUGGUGCAUUAUACCUUCUUG